GUUCAUAUCUGAAGAUCUAUUUGCUGCUAGCUCAGCGAGGAACGUCUGACCCUUUCGUAUCGUUAGUGAAAUCGAAUCAUGAUAGAUUCCCAAUCCCCGUUCAAAUCAAAAUCAGUGGCUCUUAUGAAAAAGCAGACCGAUUGGCUCUUGAAUCCCGGAUCCUCAUGAAACUUUGUCAUUCAUCCAUCACAUAGAUAGGAGAUCAAAUACAACGGUUCUACGAUGGAAGGAUAACGGGAAUCAAAAUUUUCUAAAGUUCUUGAAAGAACGAUAGAUUGAUCCCGUUGCUUUGCACUCCCAACGGAUUCAUAUUUUUGAAUUUGAACACAUUGCAGAUCCACAAAAGAAACCAGAUCUUUGAUCGAUGAUGAAGAACCGUCGAUAAACGAGCAAAUUUUCCGGCUUUGCUUCAAAUAACCUAAGACGGACGUUACCCUGAAGGUACAUGCUGCAUCAUCCAAGCGCUAAUCACUCCUCCUAAACUUAAAACAGGGACCAUACGAAAGCAUAGCUUCUCGCUAUCUAAACUCUUCUAUUCUAUCUGUUUUCCAAAACAGCCCAAACAAACAAAAUGACCGAGGGAAAGGAGCAUUUGUCGAUCGUGAUCUGCGGUCACGUCGAUUCCGGUAAGUCGACCACGACGGGUCACUUGCUCUUCGAGUUGGGUGGUAUCCCGGAGCGUGAGUUGGAGAAGCUGAAGGCUGAGGCUGACCGUCUUGGUAAGUCCUCCUUCGCCUUCGCGUUCUACAUGGAUCGCCAGAAGGAGGAGCGUGAGCGUGGUGUCACCAUCUCCGUCACCACCAAGGAGUUCUUCACUGAGAAGUGGCACUACACCAUCAUCGAUGCCCCGGGACAUCGUGAUUUCAUCAAGAACAUGAUUACCGGUGCUUCCCAGGCCGAUGUCGCUCUUAUCAUGGUGCCGGCUGAUGGUACUACAAAGAUUUACAUACACUUUUCCUUAGGCCGGUGAUAUACACAUGUUUUAGAUACCAAGAACCGUCAACGUGUCGCGAACUUGAGUUUCGAAGAUUUGUGGCGAAAUCAGAUUUCACCGAAUUGUCGUAUUGAAUUGUAGCACGACUAUCAGUUAAUUUGUGGUUCGUCUUUUACCAUGCUGCACUGUCGUUAAUAUGGUGAUCUCUUGAAAGUCUUCGACAUCGAUACGUACAAGGAGUUUACAUUCAUCCUUUGUUGCUUCACUACUCUUUUUCUCUCGUGACGACGACAUCUCUUAACUCACAACAGGUAACUUCACCACCGCCAUCCAGCGUGGUAACCACAAGGCUGGUGAGAUCCAGGGACAGACUCGUCAGCACUCUCGUUUGAUCAACUUGUUGGGCGUCAAGCAGAUCAUCAUUGGUAUUAACAAGAUGGAUUGCGACACCGCUGGUUACAAGCAGACCCGUUAUGACGAGAUCGCCAACGAGAUGCGCAACAUGUUGGCCAAGGUCGGAUGGAAGAAGGACUUCCUCGAGAACCAGGUUCCGUACAUGCCGAUCUCCGGUUGGUGCGGUGACAACUUGGUCAAGAAGACCACCAACAUGUCCUGGUGGAAGGGUGCUGACGUCAAGGUCGGCUCCGAGACCGUCCACGUUGACACUCUGUACGACUGCUUGAACAACAUGUGCCGCGUUCCGGAGCGUCCGAUUGAUGCCCCGAUGCGUCUCCCGAUCUCCGGAAUCUACAAGAUCAAGGGUGUCGGUGAUGUCUUGGCCGGCCGCGUCGAACAGGGAAUCGUCAAGCCCAACGAAGAAGUCAUCUUCUUGCCGACUCACACCGCCGCCAACGCCUGCGCCGGAAAGGUCUUCCAGAUCGAGAUGCACCACAAGUCCGUGCCGGAGGCCAAGCCGGGUGACAACGUCGGUAUGAACGUUAAGAACUUGGACAAGCAGAACAUGCCGCGCUCCGGUGACGUCAUGAUCUACAAGAAGGAUACCACCUUGUCCGCCGUCAAGGCCUUCGAUGCCCAGAUCCAGGUCCUCGAUAUCCCGAACGAGAUCAAGAUCGGUUACUCCCCGAUCGGUUUCGUCCGCUGCGGACGCGCUGCGUGCCGAAUUUCCGCCCUCAAGUGGAAGAUGGGUAAGGAGACCGGUGGUAAGAAGAUGGAGGAGCCGCACUCCUUGAAGUCCAACGAGAUGGCCCAGGUCACCUUCGAACCGCAGCAGCCGCUCGUCGCUGAUUCCUUCAAGAACUGCGAGGGUCUCUCCCGUGUCGCGUUCAUGGACGGAAACGGUGUUGUCAUGUUGGGAAAGGUGGUCUCCGUCGAGGCCAAGGUCUUCGAGGCCAAGAAGAAGUAA